AUGUCCCCUAGCGCCCCCGCGCCGCCGGUGGACUUCGCCUUCGCCCUCGAUGUCGACGGGGUCCUCUUCCGCGGCGGUGCCAGCAACCCGAUCCCCGGGUCCCCGGAGGUGCUGGCCGCGCUGCAGCACCACCGCAUCCCGCACGUCCUGAUCACCAAUGGCACCGGGAUCCUGGAGGCCGAGAAGGCGCGCGAGAUCCAGGACAUGGUCCGGAGCUAUGUGGCCGACGAGGCGCACACCGAGGCAGCCAGCCCGGCGGCCGCGGCCUACACCCUGCCGGAGGACGCGGUGGUCAUCGCCUCGACGCCGAUGCGGUCGCUGGUCACGCACCACGGCUGGGCCAAGAAGCGCGUGCUGGCGGUGGCCUGGACGUCGGAGUUUGCGCUGCGCUCGGCCCGGGCGUAUGGCUUCGAGAAUGUUGUCACCGUGGAUGAGUACCUGGCCAAGCAUCCGGUCCUGGUGGCGGGGAACUUUGUCGAUGCGCCGGUGCACACGGAGCCCGGCCACUGGGACGACGUCGAGCCGAUCGAGGGUGUGCUGCUCUUCCAUCUCACUCUGGGUGCCUUCCGCGAGUCGCUGGCCACCCUCUUCCAGCUGGCCGUCGGCCGGAAGCUGGAGACCAUCCAGUUUGGCAAGCCCUUCCCGGAGAUGUAUGCCUACACUGAGCGUGCUCUGGCGCUGCAAUUCUACCGCUCCACCCACGGCACCGACCCGGCCGACAUCCAGCAGGAUCUCCCCCUGCCGGGGACCAUCUACGCGGUUGGGGACAAUCCCCUCUCCGACAUCAAGGGCGCCAAUGGGCGUGGCGCCCCGUGGACAUCGGUCCUCGUGCGCACCGGGAACUUCAACACCGACGCCCCGAAUGACCCGGACAACCCGGCGGCCAUGGUGUGCGACGACCUCCUGCAGGCCUUCCGCCAGAUCGCCGCGGCGCAUGGCCUUCCCCUGGGCGAGGACCUGUGCUGA